CACGUUUUGAUCCAAACUGAUAAAGUGAUAUACAAAAAUGAAAUCUGUAUUACGAAAUAACCAGUUCAUGUUGAGACCGUCAUUGAUUUACCAAAACUCUCUACGCGAUAGUCACAGAGUGACAGUUUCGGGCAGAACUUUGCUUCAAUUUCUAUUCAGAACCCACUAUAAAUGCUGCACCCUUGGGAACGCAGCGCAUUUGAGAAACUGUCACUCACGACUUUACAUUGGUUCUAGUGUUAUACGGUGCUCAGGAAGCAUAAACGAAACUCGAUGUCAAACAAGGGGACAUUUGAAGGUACCUGCGUCACCAGCAUUCUCACACAGAAUACUAAUCUCAUCAUUUUCAACGCACGCUACUACCAACAUAUCUGGUACCAAAAGCGAUUGGGAUCAGCCACCUGGUUUUGAUACAGGCAUCGUCAUUUGGCACCCAAUUGUGAAAAUGAAAGUGCCAUUCAUUUUGACUGAAAAUAGACUUGCUAGAUGGUAUAUGUGUGGCCCAACAGUUUAUGAUAGUGCACAUAUUGGCCAUGCAAGCUCUUACACAAGAUUCGAUAUCAUUCGACGUAUCAUGGAAAAUGUGUUUGGCAUUGAUACCAUGUUGGUCAUGGGAAUCACUGAUGUUGAUGACAAGAUCAUAAAGCGUGCAAAAGAAGAUGGAAUUACCAUCACAGAGCUGACAAGAGCAUAUGAGAUGGAGUUCUUCCAGGAUAUGAUGGCCUUAAAUGUGUCACUACCAACCACAUUCACUCGAGUAACAGAUCAUAUGGAGCACAUUAUAUUGUUCAUCCAAGGCAUCAUCAAUAAUGGUCUUGCAUAUGUUACAGAAGAUGGAAGUGUUUAUUUUGAUGUGCUGAAGUAUGGACAUAAAGGUCAGAUGAGACAGGUUGUCUGUGAUUCUACUGAGGCAAGUGACCAAUAUAAAAGAAACCCCCCAGACUUUGCUUUGUGGAAAGGUGCUAAAGAAGGGGAAAUAUUUUGGCCGUCACCGUGGGGUAAUGGCCGCCCAGGCUGGCACAUUGAGUGCUCAGCUAUGGCAAGUUCUAUCUUUGGAGCAAACUUUGACCUUCAUACUGGUGGUGUGGAUUUGAUGUUUCCUCACCAUGAAAAUGAAAUAGCCCAGUCUAGGGCGUACUUUGGCUGUCAGCAAUGGGCAAAUUACUGGAUGCAUACAGGACAUCUGCAUCUGAAAAAAGAUACACAAAAGAUGUCUAAGUCGCUCAAAAACACUAUCAGCGUCUCUCAGCUUCUAGAGGACUACACACCUAAUCAAUUCCGCAUGCUUUGUCUUCUAACUCACUACAGAAACUCCAUUGCAUUCAGCAGCGAAUCAAUGGAAAAGGCUGUUGUCAUUAUGAAUCAGCUGAACAGCUUAGUGGGUCAGUGUGAAGCUUACAUGCAGGGAUGCUUUGACUGUCCAAACAUUUCACAGCCAGAACUCUAUCAAAGAAUUCAUGUAACCAGAGAAGCAGUGGAGAAGGCACUUGCAGAUGACUUUGACACCCCCUGUGCUUUGGAUGCUGUCCUCAGUUUGAUGGGAUACUUGAACCAGGUCAUGCAAUACAAAACUGAGCCGAGAAUCCUGAGAGUAGGCAAGCAAACAGAACGUGGUGCAUGUUGGCAGCCAGUUGGUGGACAAAGCCUUGUCCUUGGCAGCUCUGCUGCUGUUGCUUCUGCCAGUAUUUACAUCCAACGCAUCCUCACACAGCUUGGACUAGACAUGGGGUGCAACAAGACAAGGGAGGAUAGAAAAGCUCAGCAGCAAUUCCAGUUAGCCAUGGACACGCUUACAGAGUUUCGAGGUCAUGUACGAAAUUGUGCUCUUGAUUCGAAGCACGUAGUGGAGUUUUUAGAAAAACAUGGUUAUCAACCACAGGAUAAUUUGAAAAAAAUUCAUAGAGAGCUGUUUUCUCCCAUACUGGAUGCAUGUGAUAAUGUCAGACAAAAACUGUGUUCUGCAAACAUCCACAUAAAAGAUCUGAAGAAAGGGUCGAUUUGGAAUGUUGAGGAUCACACAGUUAAAACAACUCAAAGAUUUUCAGGUUAAGCAUGGUUGUCUUCCAGUGCUUAAUAAUAAUAAUGGAAACUUAUAAUGCACAGCAUCAUGACCAAGAUAGAUCGCACCCUUAAUCAAGUGUCAUAAUUUUGCAUGGUUAUAAUUGUGUCAAACCUUAGUAUGAAGGUCACAACAUUUGUAGACAAUGAUCAAAACACAAGAUGUAUACUACUGUGGUAAGACUGCUAAUGAUCAUAUCUGUUGCAUUCAUUGUAUCCUUUCCAACCCCAAAGAAAAGGAAACAGCAUAGCAUCUUAGAUAAGGUACUAUAAAACCUCUGCACUACGACCCAAAAAUACAAUUUUGUUAAAUAAACAUUUCUAUUAGAGACCUCCCCAAUACAACUUACAAUUCCUGGCUAUUGCCUUUUUUUAAUAGCAGAAAUCAUGUGUUGAAAAAAAUGUCUCCAGGCAUGCAUCACUUGAUCAUGCUUUUUGCAGAAAUCACACACUUAUAAUAAUAAGAUUGUGGUGUACUGUUUGUGCUCUACGGCGAUAUUUUUACAGAACUCGUGUUUCAAAAAUACAUUUAGUGCACUUUUCAGCAUAAAUGAAUAUAAAUUUAUAGUAUAUGAAGUCAUGGUUGUGGAAUGAAAGCAGAUUGAUCAAUUUCCCUAUUAGGACCAUUCUCUGUUAUGACCUGAUCUUUAUGGAUUGUAACUAGUCUUAAUAGGGAGAUUUUACUGGAAGUUGUAUAAAAUUGUGUGCAAUGAAUGCUUAUUUUGUGCAGUGAAUGCACUUAUACAUAUAUAUUCAUCUGUUAUGAACAGUACUUGCCUGAUGUAUAUGUACAGGGAUUUGUGAAAUCUUGUUUUAAAAAUGCAUUGCACCUAUUUUCAUGUU